AGCAAUGACGAUUAAUUAUAAAAUGUGGCAUCAUUGUUCUGAUUGGACGUUCACUUGCAUGCAGGAAGAUUUCCGAAAAUCACCAGGAAUUUCGCCUUGGGUUUCAUGUAUCGUUCGGAAAUUGGCAAGUUGUUAUUCUAAACUAUGGCACACAAAAGGAGCAGGAUGUGCCCUCAUAUUGGCAGUCAUCACGUGCUGGAGAUAAAAAAGCUUGAAAAGGUGAAGACGUGUGCGGACUGCGAUUAUUCUGGUCCUAAUCUAUGGAUAUGUCUGCAAAAAAACUGUUUACACGUAGGAUGCUCCGAGCAAGCUAAUGACCAUAGCACAGAGCAUUUUCAGCUUAAUAACUGCCACUGUCUCCAUAUGAACAUGUCAUCUCAGAGGCUUUGGUGCUACUUAUGUGAACGGGAAAUCUUCAUUGAUGUGAAACCAACAUUGAUAGAAGAUCCCUUCAUAACAGCAAUUAGGUCGGCGGUUGCUUUGCCCAGGGAUGAGAAUGAUAACAGUGAUGGAAACAAUGAGGAGGGAGAAGAUAAUCAAGAGAUGUCAAAUUUUUCUACGGGGUUGGUUGGGUUACAAAAUAUCGCUAACACUUGUUACAUGAAUGCAGCUUUACAAGCGCUAAGUAAUGUCCAGCCUAUGACACAUUACUUCCUCAAUUGCAAUGACUUAGUGGAUCAUAUUGUCGAACAAAGCUCUAUUCGCAAUAAAGUUGGUCUGGCUAAAAGUUACCAGCGUUUAAUGAAUGACAUAUGGUGCAUGAAUGGCGUUGGUAAAGAUUACAUUGCGCCUCGGGGAAUUUUAUAUGGAAUUAGAAGUGUCCACCCAAUGUUUCGCGGCUUUCAGCAACAUGAUACACAAGAAUUCUUGCGCUGUUUUAUGGAUCAAUUGCAUGAGGAGUUGAAGGAAAAUAGCCCUACAUUGCCGAUAAUAACGAGUGCUGAGGUAGCACUAGCUGAGAUGCAUACUUCGGAAGAGCCGCUUGACACCGACUCUGUAUCUCAGUCUAGUUCAGUGUCGGACUCUGAGUAUGAGACAUGUGAUAGCAGUCUUUCACAACAUUCGAAUCAACUUAAGGGACAGUUACACUCAGGUAGCACAGAGCGCAGUAGAAGACCGCGAAAAACACAUACAAGCGCAUCCCAGCCACAAGCAGUUGUGCAUUCAAUUAUAAGUGAUAUAUUUGAUGGGAAAUUGCUUUCCUCGGUACAAUGUCUCACAUGCGAUCGGAUUUCCACACGAGAAGAAACUUUUCAAGAUCUUUCGCUACCCAUUCCAAAUCGAGACUAUUUAAAUAUGCUCCAUCAAACCCACAGCUUAAGUGCUCAAAGUCUUAAUUCAAUAGACACUUUGGCACCCAAUAAUACAGAUGGUUGGUUUUCCUGGUUUUGGAAGCUUUUUCGUUCUUGGCUAUGGGGACCCUCCGUAACGUUAUAUGAUUGUAUGUCGAGCUUCUUCAGUGCAGACGAGCUCAAAGGUGACAAUAUGUAUAGUUGUGAGAAGUGCAAUAAACUAAGAACUGGAAUUAAAUAUUCACAAAUUUUGGAAUUGCCCGAAGUGUUAUGCAUCCAUUUGAAGCGGUUCCGCCACGAUCUGUCAUAUAGCUCAAAAAUAUCCUCGCCAGUUCAUUUCCCGCUUGAAGGUUUCGAUAUGAAACCAUAUUUGCAUAAAGAUUGCAAAUCGACAGUCACAUCUUACAACUUGGUUUCUGUGAUUUGCCACCAUGGUACGGUUGGUGGUGGUCACUAUACCUGCUUUGCCCGGAAUCCCGUUACAGAUCGUUGGUAUCAAUAUGAUGAUCAGCACGUCACAGAAGUACCACCAAGCGCUGUGCAGAACUGUCAAGCGUAUGUUAUCUUUUACAGAAAGCACCAUCCUCAAAUGGAAUUAAUACGAGCGAAGGCAAAUGAAAUUUCUGCACUGAAUCCUGUACAUACCGCAGAAAUACGAUUUUUCGUAGCACGUGAAUGGUUAACUAGAUUUAGUACAUUUGCGGAACCCGGACCAAUCAAUAACUGGACAAUACUGUGUUCUCACGGUGGCCUUUUGCAGUCAAAGAUGGCUCUGCUGGAUCAGAUCGCUGUACCAAUAUCCCAGCCGUUAUGGGAUUUUCUAUAUUGCACAUUUGGGGGUGGUCCUGCCAUAAAUAUGUUGUUUGAAUGUGAAAUCUGCAAAAGGCAAGCUGAAGCUUUAAAAAGACGCCAGAUCUACGAACUAUGCAUAUUCACAAAAUUCACUAGCAUGGAUGUAGAACUUGAUUGUGGCGCAAUAUAUGCUAUAUCAAUGCCGUGGCUGCGAAAAUGGCAGCAAUUUGCCCGUGGCGCUACCCAUAAGGAACCUGGUCCCAUUUCUAAUGCCAAUAUCGCCCUCAUCACAGAUGCCGCUCAGUCAUCACCUUUGCGACAAGUACGCCCAGGAUCGGAUUAUGCACAGGUGAAUGCCCCUCUAUGGAGAUUUUUCUAUGGCAUUUACGGAGGUGGGCCAGAAAUUAUGCUUCGGGGGUCGGUUACGGAAGAGAUUGAAAUAAUUGACCAGGACGAACAAUACGAUGGUGACCAGCUGGUGGACAAAUUAGAUCUUUCGGAUACAGAGAGCAAUAUUGGAAAUACUAAUUGUUUUGACUUGAACGAAUCUUUGACAGAAUCUAUGCACGAAAAUUGUAUUUCGGAUAAUAGAAGCUCAGAGAAUAAUACACCUUCGCCUACAAUACGAGUUCCUUAUGGAAAUCCCAAAGAAAGCAGGCAUGCAAAACAUUUUUCGGGAAAUGGGAAAAAACUACGGCCCCCAUUACUUAGAAAUAGUCUUCGGAAAAAAACAAUCAGAGGACGAAAUGCAAUCAAAAGUGCUUUUGGACCUACGGGUAACUACAAUUUUCGGAAAAGCUUCGACUGUAUAGAAAAUGUUCCUGAGGAGAAGGUGCACACACAUUCCACACACACAUUAGAUACCGAAUCUGACGUACAACAAAGUGCAUUUAGUGUAAAUCAAAAGCAAUCAUUCCCAAUCGAUAAAAAGCCUAGAAAAUCUAAUUCGAAACAAAACUAUGCCGAAAGCGUAGCAUCAUGUUCUGAAGAAAUAGUGGCUGUUCAUGCGGGGCAUGCAAAAAAUAGAUCAAAAAGCAAAGACUUAGUCACCCUUCAGAAAUUUGUUCAAUUGCCAGAAUCCAGCGAGUCCACCGAAACUGAUAUUUAAGAUAAUCCGACUUUCGACUUUCGAAGUAGUCGUUGCAAUUUUAGUUGAUUUAUUUCUGUUGGGCUAUCUGUGCAUGUAUUUUUAUAUUCGUAAGUGUUUUAUAUUUAUGUAAAUUUGUCACUGUAUGUAGAUAUGUACUUCAAUAAAGAAUGUGUCGAUUAGGUAGAGGCUAUUGUAUGCAAUGAUUCAA